AAUGUCAGCAUCUGUUGAACAGGGCCAUGGGAAUAACCCGUUUCUGUGCAUGCAGUUGUGGAGUUGACCGUUGAAUACAUUUACAGUUAUUUACAAUAAUGAAUCCGUGUUUUAGAAUAACAUCUACACCGGUUAUUGGCGUUGCAUCAUUAUUAAGCAUUUUAUCCUCGACACCAAGUACGCUUCCGGCGCUUGUCCAGCCCCAACCCCGCCUGCUGUCACUCACGUCAUCUCAUCCUUGACCAACAUUAUCAGCGAUUCUUGAAUAUAUUUUCAUUUUAGUAGAAAUCACAUCUUGUACAAUAUGGCGUGCGGCUCAGCGUCACCCAGCCUGCUGGAUAUGCCUACCGAGAUCCAGGCUCUGAUCCUCGAACAACUGGACAAUGUCGCUACACUAAAAGACGUCAUGCUUACAUGCAAAGCGCUGCACCAGACCUGUGUCCGAUUCCCGUUAAUAAAAGCAACUAUUUGGACAAACAAGAUUUCGUCCGAUGUUCUUCCUUGGAGCAUCGCUGCUCUCACAACAGGGCGAAAGAGACGCCAAUGGUUUCCUUACGUCCACCCUUGGCACGCUUUAAAGCCAUUUCUCGACAACCGCAGAGACUUUGUUACCAGUUCUCUAAGUUCGCUACCGAUGGCAGCAUAUGGAGAGCUCAUUCGCCUACACUCUGUCAUAGAAUGGCUGUUUGCUGAAUUUAUCGAAACCACUGUCGCAAAUGUCGACUCAGUCGAUGGUUACAACUAUUACAAGAAACACCCGUUGACACCGUCUGAAACGAGCCGUGUGUAUCGGGCGUUCUAUCGACUCCAAGUUUACUGUAACGUUUUUCGUUUUGCGCGUGAAAACGACGAUACCGCGGAAAAGCUGUCUCUUUUCUUUGACUGCGAAUCUCCAUGGGUUAAUGAACAGCUUGUCAUUGCCCGCCAAAUAUUGUACAAAGACAUCGGUCAAUUUUCUAUGGUCGUUCCACGAUUGACAAAUACGCAAGAGGCGAAGAAGCUGUUGGCUGAUUCGCCGAAUUGGGGCUUCAUUGCAGGCGAAUUGAAAGACGCUGGUCCAGACUACAUGUAUCCACUGACCAGAGCUAAAUCGCCGCGGGCUCUAGUGAAAAGAAUUCUCAAGAUCCAUUCGCAGUUUGGUUUGGACGUGCUUUCGUCUCUUGACGUUGGCACUUCUCAAAUACAGCCACUGUUUGAAUAUAGCGCCGAGGAAAUGGAUGAGAUGUGCCGAUCCAAUUCCCCAUGUGAUCUCGACAGCGGACCAUUCGAGUCGUGGUUUGCACUACACACAUUUCAGCGUCAUUCGCGAAUGUGCGCCUUGUUCGAGAUGAUGCACCCCCGCGACAUGGGAUACGUCAUGUGGGAUAAAGAGCGCUUGGACCGAGACAGAUUUCUUGAAAAAUGUCAGCAAAAAUGGGAGACUGACAAGAGAUUUACGCCAAUGACGGAUGGGCGAACGCAGGACUUCCCAUUGGUCACCCGAUAUCCGCGUUGGCGGGAUGCGCCAGGCGACUACAACUGGUAUGGCGAUGAGGUUCCGGCAAAUGAAUAACGACUUAAUGAAUAACACGCUGUAAUGUACUGUAGCAAAUUUUGCAUUUUAAAUAGUAUUCUCAUUUCUUUUUUC